CCCUAGCCGCCGCUUCGAAAAUCGAACGCGGACGUCCGACCGUUAAUUCAAACAUUUAAAUUUCGAAGUGCUGUGCAACGAACUUUUUUUGAGGAUUUUGUGCCUGUGUUUUGUUUUUUUUAGUGUGGUACUUUUCUGUACAGAUUGCAAAAGGAUUGUCGCUGUCUGUGAAAUGUUAUAGAGUGUGUCUGAUAGUACUAGCGUGAUAUUAUCGACUGUAGUGAAGUGCUCUGUGUUCCGGAUACAUUGGACGACGUUUCUCUACUAGGCUGUAUUGCCUUGAUGUCAGUCCGCUCCGAAAGUAAUGGAUAGCCACAGUAGAUCGGCUUCGCCGCGCGAGCCCAUGCGGCCGCAGCAUCGACCCCCCUCGCCGCCGUCCCCUCCCGGUGCCUUCGACAACCGAGCCUACCAACACGACGAAUCCGACCCCAACCACAACCACAACGACUCCUUCUCCUCAAACGGACCACAGCAGAAUGGCCACACUAAAGAACCCAAUGGAGAAACCAAAACUCUGGAAGCAGUGAACUUAGAACUGAUCAACCUCACUCCGAAGAAUGGCAAUGCGAAGAAGAAAGACGUGGAGGUAGACAUGAAUGCCACCAACCCUUACGACGAGUACUUCGUGCCAGUCAACGAGCAUAGGAAAUAUAUGAGAGGUGAGAAGCUGUACGUGACGGCAGACAAACGCGGUGAGAAGGGAGGUUGCAAGCGACCUCUCUGUUGGACCCUCCUCGGUCUCGUCGUAGCAGCCAUAGUUGCCAUCAUCGUGCUAGCAGCCACGGGCAUCCUCUUCACAAACACGCCAACACCCUUGGAGCAAUACAACGCAUCAGAACACAGCGUGAGUUCAGCGCGGGCGCUGGGCGGCAUCAGUCACGUCCAACGUGACCACGACCAUGACCAUGACCUCGACCAUCAGCAUGAACAAGCACAUCCAGAGCCUGAGCCUGAGCCUGAGCCUGAGCAUAGUGCUGAACAUGGAGACCACGACCAUAGCAUGGAGACGACGGAGCAUCAACACGGACCUGAACCUCAGAGCGAUGAGGGACACGAACAUUCUGUUAUGUCGGAGGAGACCGGUGAUUCUACUAUGUAUGUGCCCAGGACUGUGGAAGGCGAGCUGAAGAUAGAUAACGAGGAAUUUACUGAAGCACUCCAAGAUAAUGAGAGCAACGAGUACAGGGAGUUCGUGGCAAGCUUCUCUGACGGCAUCAAGCGAGCACUGUUCGACAGGAACAGCCUCGAUAACGGAGACAACGAAAUUACUGUAGAAAUCAUACAGCUCAAAAAAGGAUCCGUUAUCGUCACCUACAGAGUCCACUGGAAACCCAAACUGAACAACGAACCUACAGAGGACUUGUUGAACGCCAACAAACUGCAGGCCAAGCUCGACGACUACCUCGCCAAGAAUAACAGAAUGAUCAAUAUCUAUCACAUCGCUGAAGACAGGCUGAACACGAGACCUGUUCUCGAUAUCUGUCAGAUAAACAAAAAUGGAUGCGAAUAUGGCUGCGAGUUUGAUGAGAUGACUCUGGAAUUCACCUGCACCUGCCCACAUGGCCAAAUCUUGGACCUCGGCAAUCCAAAAAAAUGCAUUACUUUACUGGACGCAGAAACCGAAAGGAGCGAGGAAGACACAAAAGCCAGAGAUUUUACAGUUCUGGCGGCAGACCCCAAACCAGUCACUACUACCGUUGCCAGUAUAGAAGAAAAACCCACAACUGAAUCGAACCACAACUCCGAGCAAACUUUCGACUGGAAAGAGACGCACCACAUGAUGCCGGAAACGACUACUGAACCUGAGGCAGACGUUAACUUCUCGCACAUUUUUGGCCACACGAACAGAAACCAAGACCAACCUGAACAGGUUAAACCUGAUUCCAGUGAAGAAACCCCUACUCCUGAGCCAGAACCGAAAUCUGAGCCUGAACCAAAGCCGGAACCAGAACCAACAGCGGAACCGGAGCCAGCAUCAGAGCCCCACCCGACUGCUGAGCCAGUACCAGAACCAACUGCAGAACCGGAGCCAAAAGCUGAACACGAGCCAGAACACAAACCUGAACAUGAACCUGAACCAACUCCGGAACCAGAACCAAAACCCGAGGGUGAGCUAGAGUCAAAACCUGAACCUGAAUCAAUACCAGAACCCAAACCAGAACCGGAACCGGAGCCAGAACCGGAACCAGAGUCAACAACAUCAACACCUGAGCCCGUUGCGUUAAAUCCUGCCUUCAUCUUACGUGAAGAAGAACAAGCAAGACAACGCGCUAUGGAAACUGAAUCGUCUUCUGAAACACAACCUGAACCCGAACCAACUAGAACCACCACCCAGGCAAUUGAAUCUUCUUCCGAAGUUACUCAGACUACGGAAAAAGAUACAUCUCAAAUGCCCGAACACGAAAUUGAGCCAGAACCAGAGCCCGCAGCAGUCACUGAGGAAUCAAGUAUGACGAGAGUGGCAGAAGGCAACCAUCAAUCAGAACAUCGCAAUGACCAUUUAGAUACCUCAGAAGAAAAGUCGAUCUUGUACACCAAUGAAGGUAAAUUUGAAUAUAAGCCCAUUGAGGAAGUGGAAAUUGAAAUGACAACUAAGAGAAUAUCUAUAUCCGAACCAAACCUUAUAAAUGAACCCUCAUAUGAACCAAAACCUGAAAUAAUUUCAAUUUUAAGUGCUAAAGAGAACGAUCCGACAGACGAACGACAGGAAGAAACGACUACUGAAAUAUCCGACUGGCUUGAAAAUCAACGUAAUCCAGAAAAAUCGGAUGACCACAACCAAACCGACUUUGAAGAACUAUUCAAUAAUACCGUUAACAGAAUCAUCCACGAAUCCGAACAAAGAUCCUUCAAAACCUUUGAUGAAGAUUUUUUAUUUGAAACCACGACGACCUCAAAUACUAAAUCUAUAAACGAUAAUGAUUCCUUCGAUUUGACUAGCAAAGAUAUGGAUAACCCAAGGACAGAAAAAACACGUAGACUCGAGGAAGAAAUUAAAGUUCCAGUUCAAAUUCCUGCAAGUGAAGAAAUGUUUGAUUUAGAUAAUAUCACAUUAGAAACAACUACGAGAAUGGAAAGCGUAGCGGUUACAGAAGACCCGGCCAUGAUUUCUAAGAGUGAAACUGAAACAGAAUCGACACUAGUAGAAAAUGAAGGUGAAAGAACUGAUACUUCAAAAGUAUCCAUGAUAACUUCUAUCCUUGAGGAAGCCAAGUCACUAGAUACUAAUAAAUCAGUACCAAUUGAAGUAACAACAUCGGAGCCAGAAAUAAUCAAACAAUUUUCUAUUAAUAAGCAUUAUCAAAACUCUGAAGAAGAUAAAUUAUUAGACGUUUUGGAGAAUAAACCUAAUACUGGAACUAACAACGAAACGUCAACCGAACGCGAACCAGAAGAAGGCAUGGAUAUAACAUUUGAUGCUAUAAAUAUGCUUUACAAUAGGUCCUCCAAAUCUAUAGAAAAACCACCCCAAGCACCCAAAGAUACAACAGAAGGAAACAGCGUACAACAGACCACAGAAGAGGGAGAGCUAUUGACCGACAGAACACGAGGUACUACUGACUCAGAUUGGCUAUCAGAACCCGUUACCGAAAUAAACUACAAUGAAGCUAUGAAUAAAAUGGCAAAGCACGAAAGUACAGAAUCCUCUGUAACGAAAAUUGAAGAAAUCAUGAACCAUGGCCAGGUUAAAGAUGAUUUUGAACCAGAUUACUUAAACAACAUGGGUUCUACUGGUAAUAAGCAAGAACAAGACGAACCGCUGUAUGGAAUGGUGCAUGAUUAUGAUAAUGAAGAUACUCGUUUUAAAAGAGUGAACAAAGAAGUAACCACUGAAGCGCCAAAACCAGUUACUACUACUGAAGCGGGAGAGGAUACAACUGUUAUGAAAGAAAUCAGCCUCACCACACAUGUGCCUAUUGAAACAACUACUAUAAGUGAGUACAUUUACAAAAUAGCUGAAAAGACCAUGCAGGCGCCAAGCGAAACACUAGUCGAACAUAAAGAAGCUGAAGCCAAUAACUCUUCAUCACAGAAUACCGAAUCAACAACAGUUAGCAGUGAUGAACCAUCCCCGACCACGAGUGCUCAACCUGAACCCGCUACGAAUGCUGAACCGGAACUCACUGCGAAUGCUGAAUCUGAACCCGCUACGAACGCUCAACCUGAAUCCGCUACGAAUGCUCAACCUGAACCCGCUAUGAAUGCUGAAGAUGUACCCGCUACGAAUGCUCAACCUGAACCCGCUCCAAAUGCUGAACCAGCGCCCGUCUGGGAAGAAACAGAAAAGUACCUAACAGUGAAAGAAUUGAACAAAAAUACCGAAGAAAGUACCGAGCCACACCAAGGGAUGGGUGACGAAACACAAACACCUUCUAUAAACGAACUACCCACGGAGGCCACGAUGAUCGAAAGUUCGGAUAACGCUACAGUAUCUGAAACCGAAGAACCUAACUUCCCUGAAAACCCUCCGAAUACAACACAGGCGAGUAACUUGAACGUUACUAUUUAUGAGAUAUCUAGUCAUAAAAGUAACAGCACGGUUCCAUUAGCGAAACCUACAAAUGCACAAUCUGCCGAGUACGAUGACCACGAAACAGAAAUGAAUCCUUUCUUACCAGAGGUGGAAAACAAUAAGAGUUUAGUCAAAAAACUUCAAGAAGGUCAUGAUCUCGAACCUAAUAACUUAACUGAGACCCAAAACGAAAAUACGGAGGAGCAUGUUAUCAACCAAUCGGAAGGUCUAAACUCAACAACUAAAGAUACUUUGUCGGUCCUAGCUAAAGGGACUAACAGAGACAGUAAAGAUCAAGAAGAGAGGGUACCAGGAACUUCGGACGAUGACACUUCAUUUAAUGAAUUGCUCAUGAACGUGGACACUCAUGAAAAUGUCACAAGGGUUACCUCGAACGCGACAACAGACGCCACGACCUUGGCAACCCUUGCUAAAAUGAAUGAUAAGGUAGUUAUCUCGAAGAAAGAGACAUUGCCUAUAUCCAGGUUCUUAAUGGACACCGACGACCUAGUUUAUAGUAAGGAGCCAACAACAACGUCAACUAGCGUAAAGUUGGAGACGGAGCCUGCGAGCGCCACGACCUCGGCGCCAACGCUCAGCACUGACGGGGAGUUCCUGAGCGUUGUGCCCAUCAAGGAAGGAAAAGGUCUGCUGAAACAGCAGAAAAGUGAAAACAUUGAAGAGCUCAAUGAUAUAAGUGAUUUGCCAAAAAGUGAUAAAAGGACAUUAGAUGCUACCAAAUUUGAUUCAGUAAUUAAUAAUGAAGCGUAGUAUGCAGCUCAAUGUUAACUCAACACAAUUAGUUUUAACGUUGCUAUUUCUUUUCCUGUGAUCCGUUGACCCUGUCGAUCAAAUUAUCCCGAACAAAUUAUUUUAUACCAAUGUAAAUGCAAUAUUUUAUUUUAUGAAUUAAUUCAAUUCUACUGGGUUUCGGUCCACAGAAACUUCACAGUACCUUUAAUUGUAUUGUCCUUGUAUUCAUAUUGUGAACAUUUUAUUCGUUAGACUAGUCAAACUAGGAAAAGUCAUCGUCUUGAAAGAAAGAUUUAGAUUUAUUUAUUUGCUUGUCUUUAUAUAAAAAUAGGUGGGUUGCGUAAAAAUGUAUAAAUAACUGGUAAAACGUACCCAUGCAGGUACUAUAAGUAUUUUACGCGAUUCAUACUUUAUGAAGGUACACAAAAAAACCUUGGAUCUUGUAAUAUUACGGCCUCAUACUUAGAGGAUUACCUGACAGUCCUAUCUUGUAAUUGUUACCAUAGCUAAAUGUAUAUUAUUAUUAUUUUAAAUAAAAUUACUUUUGAAUCGGGCGCUGUUAAGUGUAACGAGUUUGGGAAUAAACUGGCGUAACCGUUAGACGGCGUUUGUUUUAUAUAUUUCUUGUGAUUGUCUGCCAUGGCGAAUGUGAUAACUCGCAGAUAAACAUUCCGUUCGUACUUAUUAACUUAGUGAUAUUACACAGAAGUGAGGUCUGAUUGUAAAAUAAUAAUUAAUUUAGUACUUGUUAACUAAGAUAAAUAUUUUGUAUAAAUGGUUGAUUUGUAAAAUAAUUGAAUUAUGUUGUAAAUAAAUAUAAAGUUAAUAAUAA